UGAGUGAAUGCUGCCAUGGAUAGCCAGGGAAAAGCUAAAAGGGCUUUUGUGGUGCUGGCUCAUGCUGAGAAGACGUCAUUCAAUUAUGCUAUGAAGGAGGCUGCCGUGCAAGCACUGAAAAGCAAUGGCUGGGAUGUCACCGUAUCAGACCUUUAUGCCAUGAACUUUAACCCUGUUGUUUCACGGAAUGACAUUACAGGAAAUGUUACUGAUCCAGACCACUUCAGUUAUCCAGCAGAGACAACGCAGGCAUGGAAAGAAGGCCGUCUGAGCCAAGAUAUUGUAGAAGAACAAAAGAAGCUGGAAUCUGCUGAUCUGGUGAUUUUUCAGUUUCCCAUGUAUUGGUUUGGACUUCCCGCUAUCCUAAAGGGCUGGUUUGAUCGAGUUUUAACCAGUGGUUUUGCCUAUACCUUUACAUCAAUGUAUGAUAACGGGCAUUUCAAGAAUAAAAAAGCCGUUUUGUCUUUUACUACGGGGGGCAUGGAAUCCAUGUACACUUCAGCUGGCAUUAAUGGGGAUAUGAACGUUGCGCUGUGGCCAAUACAGCAAGGCGUUCUACAUUUCUGUGGCUUCCAGGUUCUAGAGCCCCAGAUCUGUUACAGCAUUGGCCAUAUUCCCCCGGAGAAGCGCUCUGAAAUCCUGGAGGCAUGGAAGGCACGCUUAAGCAAAAUCUGUGAAGAGAAAUCGAUCAGCUUUGUUCCCAAUGAGAAUUUUGACAUGUCCAUGCAAGGAGGAUUUGUAAUGAAGAAGGAGAUAGCAGAAAAAAGCGCCAGUGACAAAUAUGGACCAAGUGUUGGACAGCACAUGGGCAAACCUCUGCCUCCUGAUAAUCAGGUGAAAGCUGGCAGCACCAGGUUGUAAGCGUGUACUGAUUUGUACAGGUUGCUGGUAAAUAAAUUUCUUGUUUUCUUAA